UGGAGGUGCAAGGGGAGGAGGGCUGGCACCGGAGCGCCGCGGUGUCGGUGCAAUAAAAAUGCAUCCCAUGGAACUGCCCAUGGAGAAGGACGGGACCGGGACGCGGCGGCCAGAAGAGGUGGUGAAGGCGGAGGAGGACACCCGGGAGGCGGCGGCGGCGGCGGCAGGGAAGUGAAAGGUCUCGCAAAGUUCAGUGGAGGCUGCAGGCGGCGAGCCCCGGGCUAGCAGUGGCGGUGGAGCCCGCAGGACCCGCUCGGCGGGGCAGCGCGGCUAGACUGGCUAUGGUCCCGGGGCUGCCGCCGCCCCCGAGGUGCCCGGGCCCCGCCAGUCCGGUGCGCGAGGGUCACCCUGCCGCCCCGCGCGGCCCGGGUCAGCGGCCCCGCGCCGCAGGCGCCGACUGAUCGAGUUCGCCGCAGGAGCGGAAGAAAUCCUCCUCCAGCGGACCUGCUGGUGCUUCGUCUCGCAGCCAAGAGGUCCCGGCUGCCCGCACCCGGCCAGCCCAGCUGCUCCCGGCUGCUCCCGGCUGCUCCCGGCCAUGGGGAGCUGCGCGCGGCUGCUGCUGCUCUGGGGCUGCUCGGCUGUGGCCGCAGGACUGAGUGGAGUAGCUGGAGCAAGUUCCCGCUGUGAAAAAGCCUGCAACCCUCGAAUGGGCAAUUUGGCUUUGGGGAGAAGACUCUGGGCAGAUACCACAUGUGGUCAGAACGCUACAGAACUGUACUGUUUCUACAGCGAGAAUGCCGAUCUCACCUGCCGGCAACCCAAAUGUGACAAGUGCAAUGCUGCCCAUCCCCACCUGGCUCACCUGCCAUCAGCCAUGGCAGAUUCCUCCUUCCGGUUCCCACGCACGUGGUGGCAGUCUGCAGAGGAUGUUCACAGAGAAAAGAUUCAGUUAGACUUGGAAGCUGAAUUCUACUUCACCCACCUCAUUAUGGUGUUCAAGUCCCCCCGACCAGCAGCCAUGGUGUUGGACCGGUCUCAGGACUUUGGGAAGACCUGGAAGCCUUACAAAUACUUUGCAACCAACUGCUCGGCGAUGUUCGGCCUGGAAGAUGACGUUGUCAAGAAAGGGGCUCUCUGUACUUCUAGAUACUCCAGUCCUUUCCCAUGCACUGGAGGAGAGGUUAUUUUCAGAGCACUGUCGCCGCCAUAUGAUGCCGAGAACCCCUAUAGUGCCAAAGUUCAGGAGCAGCUGAAGAUCACCAAUCUCCGGGUGCAGCUGCUGAAAAGACAGUCUUGUCCUUGUCAGAGAAAUGACCUGAACACCAAGCCGCAACACUUCACACACUACGCAAUCUAUGAUUUCAUUGUCAAGGGCAGCUGCUUCUGCAACGGCCAUGCUGAUCAGUGUGUACCUGUGGAUGGCUUCAGACCUGUCAAGGCUCCAGGAACAUUCCAUGUGGUCCAUGGGAAGUGUAUGUGUAAGCACAACACAGCAGGUAGCCACUGCCAGCACUGUGCACCAUUAUACAAUGACCGGCCCUGGGAGGCAGCUGAUGGCAGAACAGGGGCUCCUAAAGAGUGCAGAACCUGCAAGUGCAACGGGCAUGCUGAUGCCUGCCACUUUGACAUCAAUGUGUGGGAGGCAUCAGGGAACCAGAGUGGUGGCGUGUGCAACAACUGUCAACACAACACAGAAGGCCAGCACUGCCAGCGCUGUAAGCCAGGCUUCUACCGUGACCUCCGCAGGCCCUUCUCUGCUCCGGACGCUUGCAAAGUAUGUUCCUGCCAUCCUGUUGGAUCUGCUGUCCUUCCUUUCAGCUCAGUGACCUUCUGUGACCCCAGCAAUGGGGACUGCCCAUGCAAGCCUGGGGUGGCCGGACCACAUUGUGACAGGUGCAUGGUGGGAUACUGGGGCUUUGGAAACUACGGCUGCAGACCUUGUGACUGUGCAGGGAGCUGCGAUCCUCUCACAGGCGACUGUACCAGCAGCAGCACGGACAUCGACUGGUAUCAUGAAAUUCCUGACUUCUACCCCAAGCACAAUAAGAGUGAGCCAACCUGGGAGUGGGAGGAUGAGCAAGGCUUUUCAGCACUUCGACACUCAGGUAAAUGUGAAUGUAAGGAACAGGUGUUAGGAAACCCCAAGGCAUUCUGUGCAAUGAAAUAUUCAUACGUGCUCAAAAUAAAGAUUUUAUCAGCUCAUGAUAAAGGUUCUCAUGCUGAGGUCAAUGUGAAGAUAAAAAAAGUCUUAAAGUCCACCAAGCUGAAGAUUUUACGAGGAAAGCGGACCUUGUAUCCAGAGUCUUGGACUAACCGAGGUUGCACCUGUCCAAUCCUCAAUCCUGGCUUGGAGUAUCUUGUAGCUGGCCAUGAAGAUGUCAGAACAGGCAAACUAGUUGUAAAUAUGAAAAGUUUUGUCCAGCACUGGAAACCAUCUCUUGGGAGAAAAGUCAUGGAUAUUUUAAAAAGAGAGUGCAAGUAGCAAUAAAGGUAUAUAGGAAAGAAGAAAGAAAGAAAGAAAGAAAGAAAAGAAAAGAA